CCCUAGAAAUUCUCUUUCUCACUUCUCCGGCUCUCCUUUUCUGUCUCCCUCCCCCGCUCACUUUGCCUCUGCUGUCUCAGACCUGUACCUGAAGUCCCAACGACCUCCUUUCUGUCAGCGCUACUCUCCAACCCUGACUCCUGAUCUUCCCCUUCCCUUGGCAUCUGGCUCUGCUGCAAGCAGUCCUCUGUCUUUCAUCCCCGGCUUCCUUCAGCCGGUGUCUUGGUCCCCUUGCUCCCAUCAUGACUCCCACCCGUGCUCCAUGAGGCUCGCCCAAACUUCCCCAAGAUGAUCCUCUCGCCCUGAUUUCCCUUCCACCAGUCUACCCACCCUGCACCCUUUAAGGCUUCCUUCCAUACAUUAACCCUGUUGCACCUCCCUCCAGUACCACCCUACCCCAAACUUUCCACCUCCUUAGUGUCUCCCUCUCCUCAUCCCCCUUACCCUUCUCCCCCCAGGAUCACCUUCCCCAUUUUCUCCCUGUCCCUCGACGCUACCCCCGCCCCACCCCGUCCUUCAUCUCCUUCUUGUCUUUCCCCAUCCUCCCAUUCUCCCCUUGAGGAGCGCCCCCCUCCCCUAGCUGCCUCUACCUCCUCCAGGCUCCCAGAUCGCCCUUGCGUCCCUGUCUCUCCCAUCUCCGCGCCCCCGGUGACUCCUCCCGCUCCCCCCAUCUCCCAUCUCCCCCGUCCCCCGCGACUCCCCCCAUCGCUCCAUCGCGCCACCCGCCGCUCAGUCCUCUAGAAUCCCCCUUGCUGCUCCCUCGCCCCAUCCCGCCCGUAGCGCUCCCGCCCCAGUCCCGCCCGGCUCCCCGGCUGCGCGCUCCAGGCUGGGUGCGCGCCAUGGGCAGCGGCAGCAGCCGGAGCGGCCGGAUCCCGAGGCGGCGGCGCAGCCCUGACAAGCGCCAGACAGGCCCGGGAGAGACAGCCUCGGAGGGCGGCGCGGCUGACCAGGCCCCGACGGCCACAACGCAGGAGGAGAGCAGCCGUGACCCCCGCCCCGCGACGCCCCCCGGCGGCCGGGAGGAGACCCUGCGCCUGCUGGACGAGUUGCUGGCCGAGUCGGAGGCCUGGGGGCCCCAGGAGCAGACCCCACGAGGCCCCGCCCGGCUCCCACCCGCGGUGUCCCCAGAGAAGAAGGUCAAGGAUGACCCCGAAGACAGCUGUGCCUCUGAAGCCCCAGGCAGCAGCCCCAAGACACCUGAAGGGCAGUCGGCCAUCUCCUAUGAUUACUCCGAAGAAGAGCUCAUGGCGAGCAUUGAGCGGGAGUAUUGCCGCUGAGCCAGAUGAGCGGCCCUGCGUACCACUGACCAGGCCUUGCAGGUCUGUGAGCUGGGCUAGAGUCAAGGGCACCAGCUUAUCCUACCCAUGACCUAGCCAGAGGGGAAUCACGUCUAAAUACAACUAUCUUUCUAAACUGAUGUUUUAAGAUUCAUGGUCAGAGUCCUGCCGAUGGAUGGCCUGGCAGACCAAGAGUGAGGACAAGUAGGUACCAGGCCACAGGUGUGUGCAUACCUCCUCUUACUCGGAUGGGUAGCCUGGCUGCGUGGUUCCCCCUGAAUUCUGAACUGUUUGUUUGCCCUACUUACUCACUUUCCAGGUGGGGAAGGGUCAACACCUCUUGGCAUCUGUGCCAUAGGCCUCUAGAAGUUUCCACCAAAGUAUGUUCUGUCUCCACACUAAGAUUUCUCCAGAGGGAUGCAGUUACCUCUAGAUACAUCACUUUCCAUGUGCAUACAUGGAAGGGCCUAAGUGCACAGGUGGCAGGCAGAUCCCAAGAGUGUAGGUCUAGGUAGGUCCAGAGAUUGCAUUUUUGACAGUACAGAGGCAAUGGCCAGCUGCAGGUGCAAGGACUCAGGGCCUGAGUGAAUCACUUGGCUUUUCCCUUCCGAGUGCUGAAGGCUUCUCCAAGCCACAGCGUAACAGGCUCCCCUGCUUGGAUGUAGUAGGCAGAGAGAGGGCUGGGAACCACAGACUGCUUUGGCACCCCAGUAUUACAUUAGCCAUCACUUCCCUCUCUGGGCCUCUCAGUUUCUCUCUUGGGGAGAAUCCUGGAGGUUCUCUGAGGUCUUUUAAGCCUGAUCAGUCUGGCAGCUCCAUCUUCCAGCCCUGCCAUCUUCCAGAGCCCAUUGUGCUUUUAUCCAUCAUCCUGCAGAGCAAAGAGCUGUGAUGGAGAUGAGAGAGGGGAUGCAUGCAGGUCUUCAUGGCAGCUGCUCUCCAGUUUCCCUCUGGCUGGCAGUCUGGCUAACACCAUGAGCCUCUUCUCCUUUUCCUGCUUGGGUGGAAGGUAGUCACAAUAAUGAUGCCAAAGGAAGGAAGGAAGGAAGGAAGGAAGGAAGGAAGGAAGGAAGGAAGGAAGGAAGGAAGGCAGGCAAAAAGGGUUUGUGUGGUCCUGUAGAGCCUUGCUUGGCCUUGCUCGGGUGUGAAAGCACCUGACCAGCUGAGAGGAAGGGUUUGUAGAUCUGUGAGUGGAGGGACAAGCCCACAUCGCUGCAGUCAUCAGGGUAGAGGGUUAUUGAGACCUUAAGGCUGCAUAGUGAGUUCAAAUCCAGCCUGGACUAUGUUGUGAGAGUCUGUCAGAAAAGGAGGUAGAGAAUCGGGGAACAACGACAACUUUUGCUAAAGUCAAAACAGGUCUUGGCUUACGUUGCAUCCCGGACCAAGGCAGCGACUCCACCAGUAUCUUCCCUCUCCUGAGAACAGCUGCCAGCCCAGGAAUCCUCAGAACACAACCUACAGUAUCUCAGGAACCAAGGAAGAAUGGUCACUGAGACCGUCCCCACACCCACAGUCCUUUGCUGUCACCUGCAAAUGAUUCCACAAACUUGUGACUUGACAAGAAUGCCUUUGAGUACUCAACUGGGAGACAGUUGGAGCCCAGAGCCAUGGAGUGUCUACCAGUCAGCUGAGGGUUGGGUCAAAACCUCCCAGAACUAGCAACUGUAUCUUACUGGAGCCCAAAGGACUUCUUUUACUAUGAAAAUGAAAGCUGUUUCUACUUUAAUAACACAAAUAUUAAAAAUGCUUAUUUUAAAAGAGGU